GGACAGGUAAUCCGGACAGCAGCUCUUCAACCUGCUAGACGUGAGAAACCUGUUUGAAAUAUGUUCUGCUGGGUUAAAUUGCUGUGAUGGACAUGUAGGACACUUUAGAGGGAGACUGCGCUUUAAAACGCUUUUCGAGAAAUGUCCAGUCCAUUAGAGCGGGUUGUAGCCCAGAAGAAGGAGGCCAUUGAAGCCGUAAUGGAGAUGUUUGAGAGAGGAGCAGAGGUGCUAGCCAGCACUGUUGGGGAGCUGUGUCCUCUUUUUGAAGCUUCUGCACCAGUUUUGAGGCUGGUCUUGGACAACGUGGAAAGCAAGGAGGUCACAUAUGUCAAAGAUCAGUUUCUAGUUGUGAGGAGCAAAUUGGAUGUCCUCUCAUCUCAAAUAGAGGACAUCAACUGUGAGAUUAAAAAGGGACGUUUGGAUUCUCAGUUCUUCACCGUGGAGGAAAAUAUAUGCAGCCAGUUUAGAAAAUACAUAGACAUUCUGGAGGCCAAACCUGAGUACAAAGAGAUCAGAAAACGCUUGUUCUUGCAGCAUUUUCCCAAAACAAGAGGAGAGAAGAAUCUCUACAUGCUUUAUGAUGCCGUGAUGGGGAACAGCAUGUUUGGGGAGCCAAUCCUGGAUGUUGUGGAACAAUACGAGGCCAGAAACAGAAGGGUCCUGGAAGACUUCUGCGUCAGGCUGAAGGAGCUGCUCUGCUUGGGAAUCAUCACUCUGCUGGGAUAUUGUUUCCUUACUCAGGGUGAGGAAUCAGAGCAGGAGAAGAUUCAAGAGUGGAGCACGAAGAUCCAAGAAAUUGAGAUGAAAAUGAAGGAAACGAUACAGAAAUGUGUGGAUUCGUUUCCAGAGCAAGCUGAACUGGACAUCAAGAGGCUUGUGAAGGAGAAAGAAGAUGGGAACCUUCAGGAAACGGCUCAGGAACUGCUGGACUUCCUGGUGAAGAAGUACGACUGGGUGAGCUGGUCCAUCAGAGCCAUUAGUAACUUGGGCAAAAUUAGCAACUUGAGAGCUGGACAAAACUUUCAGUGCGUGGCUGGACAGAAUUAUUUUGAAGUAUCUCAAGGAAACGAAACCAACCUGGUGAUCUCGUUCAGCAGCAACCCUCAGCCUGUGCCCAACGAGAGCGUAAAACAGACGAUGGAAGGCCCUGCGAGAAAGGGAGACGCCAAAGCUGUUGUGGAGCUUCUGGAGAAGCAGUUAGCUGGGUUUCUGGUUCAUGCCAUCAGUCGUCACAAGGACAGCUUUGCUCUGUCGAGUUUUCCUGAAGAAUGUCACUACUGGGAGAAACAUAAGAACGUGAAUGUGUGUGUGCAUUCAGAGUAGAUUUAAAUGGUUAAACAGGAUUGUUAGUCACACAGUUUUUUGCACUUUACUGUAUUUAUCCAUGAUCUAUGUCUUGAAAACAGUAUUUAUAUGGCAGUGUUCAUUGUCAGCUUACUGUCUCUAACAAAUAGUUAUUGCAUUUAUUGUAUUUUUUUUUCUAAACUAAAACCAAAGUGAUCUUGUUCAGACUAACCAAAAGUUUAACUAACCAGGCCAUCUGUGUAUGUGCUUUUAUAAGCAAUUAUACCCAGUUAAUAUUAUUUUAUGUUACAAAGCUUAAUGUAUCUGUCUAAAAUCAUGUCUUACACCCGGGGAUUCUCAACCAGAGAGCCUCAGCAAACUUACAAGUGGUCCUGAAAAAAAGAUUUUAAAUGAUCUACAGUAAGACAAAACAAGCAUUAAAUAAGUUCAAAUAAUUAAAAAUCAACAGCUGUUUUUUGUUUGUUUGUUGUUGUUGUUGUUUUUCAUUAAAGGACCAGUAUUUCCACAGAAAAAAAUGGAUUUUUAAAAAAGUAUGGUUUCUACACCUGGGAAACUCAUGGAAAUUGGCAUAAAAUAUCGGAUAUGGGACUCUGAAAAUGGCAUAAAAUUGUAACUCUUAAAAUGGGAUAAAAUAUACAUGUAGAAAUGGAGUAAAAAUAUUUUUUAGUCAAUCCUUAUCCAGAAAAUUUCAAACAACAGGAAAGGUUUAGACGCUUUCUAAUGUUGUUGUGGGGGGACUUGAAGACAAAAGGGUUGAGAACCACUGCUUUAAACAAUAUCAUGAAUAAAUAAAUGUUUAGUAAAAUGUUAAAAGUAGGACAAAUGGCUUCUGGACCAAGUACACUGUAUUUUACUGGUGCCAGGACUGGCAAGUUGGCCUUUGUGAGAAUGACCUACAUACCAUGAAAAGAGGCGAUGAACACAUCUCAGUCCACCUGUCUUGUCUCAGCAACCCAUACAAACUGAGCUUUCAGUAAAAGUAAAACAAGGACCUUUGCAAAUGUUUGCAAGAAAUAGUUUCAAUAUAUGACACCCAUUGCUAUGAUAUACCACCCAAAGCCACAUUUAAUUAAAUUACUGUUUUUGUACACAAGUCAGCAU